UACUACUACUAUUUGCACGGCAUGCUAGAUCGAGGGCUAUCGUGUCACUGGCCAGCAGGUGUGCCGCCUGCAGGGCACCCGCUGCGUCGCGCCAAGCCCAGCCCUCGGGAUCGCACCUCUCGCUGCAGCACACCUCCGGCAUCCUGACCCCCAUGCUCCACCAUGCUCUGGAGGCUGCCAGCCCCUGUCCGCUCCUUUUUAGUUUCGAAUAGCCGCAGAUACAGCUCCAACGUAACAAAAAACGCAGAGUCGCUGCGGAUAUUGUUCUGCGGGUCCGACGAGUUCAGCAUCGCGUCGCUGCGCGCCUUGUCGAAGGCAAGCCAGGAAGUGCCUGAGCUCGUAGAGUCGAUUGAUGUUGUCCACCGGCCAGCAAAGCCUACGGGGCGGGGCUUGAAAACCCUACGAGAAGUGCCCAUCAAGAGGGUAGCUACGGAAGAGCUCAACCUCCCCACCCACGCAAUCGACACCUUUACUGGCUGGACGCCCCCUACUCCCAUCGACCUCGUCAUCGCCGUCUCAUUUGGCCUCUUCGUCCCGCCUCGCAUACUCAACCUUGCCAAAUAUGGCGGCCUCAACGUCCACCCUUCGCUCCUUCCUGACCUACAUGGCCCAGCGCCUCUCCACCAUACCCUGUUGAAAGGACGCCCCUUCACAGGAGUCACUAUACAAACACUGCAUGCCGCGCACUUCGACCGGGGCAUGACAAUCGCUCAGACGCCGCCGCCAGGCAUAGAAGUCGGCCGACAGACAACCCUGCUACAUUUGACAGAGCAAUUGGGCGAAGUGGGAGCCAACAUGCUGGUUGGUGUACUGAAGUCUGGAGCUUUCAUACCCCCACUGAAAGACGUUGGAUGGUAUGCCGCCUCGGGAGGGCCCAUAGACCACGCAGAGAAGAUCACCAAGCAACAUGGCUACGUCGACUUCUCGAAGUUAACGCUUCAGGAUAUCCUCAAUGCUCGCCGCGCCCUAGGGUCUCUCUGGUGCAAGUUACCAAAUGGCGACAGGGUCAUUCUCGACGAAAUCGAGGACUCUGGAUUGCCUGUGCUACCGGACGGCGAAAACGGAAUUUGGGCCCCAGACGGCAUGGACAUUCCCCUAGCCCGAGCCGCAUGUGGCGGAGUUUUACGUAUUAACAGAAGCACGUAUGAGGGUGGGAAGACUGGGCGAGGCAACACGCGGCUGAUGCGAGUUCUGGAAGCAGACAAAUCAAGCGGUUGACCCGGAGCUUAUGCAAGUUUUGUCGAGCAAAUUAUUCUACCGGGCUCUGUUAAAGUGUAUGAGCUGUAGGACGCGCCUGGCGUGACAUGGCGGUGCGUU